GUAGAAGAAAAGGUUUUUCAGCUCUAUCUCCAAUUCUCCAUCUCUUUCUCUCACCUGACGACGACUGAGAGUGCGAGAAAGGAGCAAGAAUGGAGAUGAGCAUCGCCUUCCGCAACAACUCCAUUACACCUACUCUCCCUCUCGCCAAUACAAACCCUAACAGAAGGACCUUCACUCUAUCCGCCGCUCCUCUCCUCAACAAAACCUUCCUUGGACACUCCAUGUCCGUCAAAGCAAGACCUCGUUCUCAUUCCAGAAACAACAACUCCGUUCUUCGCGUCUAUCCUAAAUGCGCUGUUUCCGGAGCCACCGAAACAUCCGCCGAGAAGAAGAGCCAAUUGAUGAGGAGAAGUGACAUAAGGAAUAUAGCUAUAGUUGCUCACGUCGACCAUGGGAAGACAACUCUAGUUGAUGCCAUGUUGAAGCAAGCAAAGGUAUUUCGUGAUAACCAAGUUAUGCAAGAAAGAAUAAUGGACUCUAACGAUCUAGAACGGGAAAGGGGAAUUACAAUACUCAGCAAGAACACAUCAAUCACUUAUAAAGACUCAAAAAUAAAUAUAAUUGACACUCCAGGUCACUCUGAUUUUGGUGGAGAAGUGGAAAGAGUACUCAACAUGGUUGAAGGGGUCCUUCUAGUGGUAGAUUCUGUUGAGGGUCCAAUGCCACAAACUAGAUUUGUUUUGAAGAAAGCUCUGGAGUUCGGCCACUCUGUGAUAGUGGUUGUUAAUAAGAUUGAUAGACCUUCUGCCCGUCCAGAAUUUGUUGUGAAUUCCACAUUUGAACUCUUCAUUGAACUAAAUGCUUCAGAUGAACAGUGUGACUUCCAAGUAAUAUAUGCCAGUGGUAUUAAAGGAAAAGCAGGACUUUCUUCUGAUGAUUUGGCUGAUGAUCUUGGCCCACUUUUUGAGUCCAUCAUGAGGUGCAUACCUGGACCACGAAUUGAGAAAGAUGGUGCACUUCAAAUGCUUGUGACAAAUAUCGAAUUUGAUGAGCACAAGGGACGGAUAGCCAUUGGACGCUUACAUGCUGGGGUUUUACGAAAAGGAAUGGAUGUUCGUAUAUGCACUUCUGAAGACUCCUGCAGAUAUUCCAAAGUCAGUGAACUCUUUGUUUUUGAGAAAUUCUUCAGGUCUGCUACAGAUACUGUGGAAGCUGGUGAUAUAUGUGCUGUGUGUGGAAUCAAUGAUAUUCAGAUUGGAGAGACAAUAGCUGACAAAGUUCAUGGGAAGCCUUUACCUGCAAUUAGGGUGGAAGAACCAACAGUGAAAAUGUCAUUUUCUAUCAACACUUCUCCCUUUGUUGGACGUGAGGGAAAGUAUGUUACUAGUAGGAACCUUAGAGAUCGUCUCUACAAAGAGCUCGAGCGAAAUUUGGCCAUGAGAGUUGACGAUGGUGAAACUGCAGACACGUUCAUUGUCAGUGGCCGUGGUACUUUACAUAUUACCAUCCUAAUUGAAAACAUGCGAAGGGAAGGAUAUGAAUUCAUGGUGGGACCACCAAAAGUUAUAAGCAAGAGGGUAGAUGACAAAUUGUUUGAACCUUUUGAGAUUGCUACUGUGGAGGUGCCGGAGGAAUACAUGGGUCCUGUGGUUGAACUUCUUGGCAAAAGGCGGGGCCAGAUGUUUGACAUGGAAGGUCUCGGGGCGGAAGGAACUACCUUCCUUAAAUAUAAAAUGCCUACCCGUGGACUUCUUGGUUUGCGGAAUGCAAUUUUGACUGCUUCACGUGGCACAGCAAUUCUCAACACAGUAUUUGAUUCUUAUGGACCUUGGGCUGGAGAAAUUUCUACUCGAGAUCAAGGCUCACUGGUUGCGUUUGAAGGUGGAACAACUACAACUUAUGCUCUAUCGAGUUCACAAGAUAGGGGACUUAUGUUCGUUAAUCCUGGAACUGAAGUUUAUAAGGGUCAGAUUGUAGGCAUCCAUCAGAGGCCUGGUGACCUUGCCUUAAAUGUUUGCAAGAAAAAGGCAGCAACAAAUAUACGUUCUAACAAAGAACAGACAGUGGUUCUUGAUACUGCAUUGAGUUACAGUUUGGAUGAUUGCAUUGAAUACAUUGAAGAAGAUGAACUUGUUGAAGUUACCCCAUUGAGUAUUCGAAUGACCAAGAAUCCCAAGAUGUCAACAAAGAAGACAUACAAAUAAAAAAAGACAAAUUCUUAUUUGACUCCACAAUAAAUUUAUCCUAUUUUGAGUUCUUUCUUAUAUAUAUAUUGGAAGGCCAGAUAAUAUAAGCUGGUUUUUCUUCCUAAUUUUUCCCUUUUCUCAUAACUUUAAAUUAACAAGAUGAGUAGUAUUAGUAGUUGUAGCAUAUAGUUAUUGUUAUUAAGUUCAAUGGAUUCCUUUGUCAUCCAUUUAGUGUGUAAUUCAAUCUAUGUUGAUGAUGAUGCAUUCAGUCAGUGUAUAUGAAUGUAUGUUUGAAUUCUAGAAAAUUCACUUUUCAUCUUAAUUUACAUGUUUUUGUUGUAGAGUUUGAUUU